CAGCAGCAGAGCCAGGGUCCCCCGCGUCUCCACACCGCGACGGAAAUAGCUUUAUGACCAUGAACUUAUUCCACAUGUUUUAAUAUUUUUAUUUGCAUUUUUUCUUUUGGAUGCGACUUUUUUUCUCAUCUCGUUGUCUGUUAGCGGUGAAACAGUGCGUGUGGAUCCUGAGCAACAGCUGUGGAAUAUAUAAACUCCGCUAUAUGGAUUAGGCAUCUGCAGCGGUUUGAUUCCAGACGAAGAAGAAAAUGAAGUCCGCAGAAGAGGAUGCAUAUGGCUACACGCCAAAUGUCAGUCUCUCCCUCCCACUGGGCAACCCUUGUCUUCCCUCCCAGUACCUCAGCCUCAAGUCCGGCCCCACUAUAUCUGUCUCCGUCACAGAGCCUCACAGUUACGACUCCCAGGAGGACAUGAGAGCGGGCGGCUACUAUUCAUCCUCCAGCGUCCGCCCAAACGGGGCCCCGACCCUUGAGAGCCCUCGCAUCGAGAUCACAGCCUACGGUCAGUUUCCUGAGGAUGAGGUGGAGGAGACCAACCUUCCUGUUGCCAAGCGGGUCAACUCCAUAGUGACGCUGACCCUCCCCAGUGCAGACAGUUACAGAGACCCCAGCUGCCUGAGCCCGGCCAGCAGCCUCUCAUCCCGCAGCGGCCACUCCGACGCCUCCUCCUACGAGUCGAGCUUCUCCUACAACUACGACAACUCGCCCCAGAACUCUCCCUGGCAGUCGCCCUCUGUGUCCCCCAAGGGGUCCACCCUCACCCUGCCAGGGGAUGGCUUCACCUCUGGUGGAUCUCCUCGCAACUCCCCCUCCACCUCUCCUCGCACAAGCGUGACAGACGACACCUGGAUGGGUCAGCGCGGCUCCAGGCCAAACUCCCCUUGUGGUGCAAAGAGGAAGUACAGCUUUAACGGCAACGGACCAGCGCACAAGCAAUACCCGUACUCACCAAAUCACUCCCCUGGACUCUCCCCGCAGACCUCCCCUCGCCUCAGUAUCACAGAGGAAAGCUGGCUGCCAAACACCAACCAGUACACCAAUUCAGCCAUCCUGGCAGCCAUCAAUGCCUUGACCACAGAUGGGGUGACCGACCUCGGGGAGGGGAUCCCCAUCAAAGCCCGGAAAACCAGCCUGGAGCACAGCCCCACCAUCACCCUGAAGUUGGAGCCUGGAGGUGAGAACCUGAUUCCAGGGGAGCUCGGUCUGGAUGAACAACGGAUGCCAUUAAAGAAGGAGGGCUACUGCGGAGGGUUUCUGGAUGUGCCGCAGCAUCCGUACUCCUGGUCCAAGACAAAGCAAUAUGUCAGCCCGUCCCUGCCCGCUCUCGACUGGCAGCUGCCGUCCAGCUCGGGGCCGUACAGCCUGAAGGUCGAUCUGCAGCCCAAGUCCCACCACCGAGCCCACUAUGAGACGGAGGGCAGCAGGGGGGCGGUGAAGGCCCUGGCAGGAGGACACCCCGUCGUGCAGCUCCACGGGUACAUGGAGAGCGAGCCCCUGACCCUGCAGCUGUUUAUUGGCACAGCUGACGACAGGCUGCUGAGGCCCCACGCCUUCUACCAGGUCCACCGCAUCACCGGGAAGACGGUGUCCACCCCGAGCCACGAGGCCCUGCACACCAACACCAAGAUCCUGGAGAUCCCCCUGCUGCCGGAGAACAACAUGCGGGCCAUAAUCGACUGCGCUGGGAUCUUGAAGCUGCGUAAUUCGGACAUUGAGCUGAGGAAGGGGGAGACUGACAUUGGACGCAAGAACACUCGUGUGCGGAUGGUGUUCAGAGUCCACAUCAACCAGAACACCGGGAGAACCGUGUCCCUGCAGGCCUCCUCCAACCCCAUAGAGUGCUCCCAGAGAUCGGCCCAGGAGCUGCCUCUGGUGGAUAAACGGAGCCUGGAGACGUGUCCUGCCCUUGGGGGCGAGAGGAUGCGAAUCGACGGACACAACUUCCAGCAUGACUCCAAGGUGGUGUUCGUGGAGAAGGCUCAAGAUGGACACCACCUCUGGGAGACUGAGGCCAAGGUAGACAGAGACGUCUCGAAGGCUAAUUCGCUACACAUUGAAGUCCCUCCCUAUCGGAACCAAAGACUCUCCACUCCGGUCCACGUCAACUUCUACGUCUGUAAUGGCAAGAGGAAAAGAAGCCAGUACCAGCGCUUCACCUACGUCCCCGCCAAUGUUCCAACGAUAAAGACGGAGCCGCACGACGACUACGACGGCCCUCUGGUGCAUCAAAAGCCAUAUUUCCCCUCACAGGUCAUGACCCCCAUGGUGACCUCUGACCUCAGGCCAUGCGUGGUGGGCGGGGCUUACUCUGUCAGCCAGCAAAGAUUGGCAGCCAAGCCCUCGUCCCUGCCUCCCUCCGCCUCCCCGGGCCCCAAACUGCACGACCUGUCGCCCCCGCCCUUCUCCAAGUGCCUCCCUGGGGGUCCAGCUCUCCAGCCCCCGGGCCAACAGUCCCCUGUCCCCCACGUCUCCAUCAUCCAGGAGACCCCCGGGCGCUACCAGCCCCCCAUCCUCUACCCUCCCAGCAGUUGCUCCUCCUCCUCCCCUCCUCCUCCCCCCCCCACCUCGCAGGCCUCCACCCCGACUGACGGCCCUUUCUCUCCGGCCCUGUGCUUGACCCCCGUCCCCCAGCCGGGGAGUGGCAACACCAGCCCGGCAGCGCAGCAGCACCCCAAGGUGCCACAGAGGGGGCGGGGCUCGCUGCAGGAGGACGGCAGCCCCCCCCCGCUGGCUGUCAGCAUCAAACAGGAACCGCAGGAGCUGGACCAGAUGUACCUCGAUGAUGUCAAUGAGAUCAUCAGGAACGACCUGUCGAGCAUCACCGUCCACAGCCACGCGUAGUUUCCCACCAAACUGACACAGGAAACAAAAAUAAAGGGAAACACCAAAUAAUAUUUGACAUUGUGCUUUUCAUGCUUGGACUACAGCGUGCUGGAAGCAUCAAAGGAAAUGCAAAGAGAACAAAUGUAAAUGUCCAGAUGACCAGGGUCCAACGUGUGCCUUGUUUUUCUUACAUAAUUAUGCCUUUACUCAGAAAUUAGCACAUGACUGACUUUUUUUGUACAUUGAGUAUAGCAACCAAACCCGCCACCCCACAGCAACGUAUGCUUUAGAGGACCAAAACAUUUUGAAAUGUCUUUUUUGCUGCAGUUUGUAAAUGAUUCAGUGCCUAUGAGUUACGUUAUUUGUAUAUACAGUAUCUGCCAUGCUUCAGUUUGCAUAUCUGGCUUUACAGAGGGACAAUUUAAAAGAUAAGUGCCUUUUUGACGGGAAAGAUGUGGCCUUAGUUUGGCGACACAUGUUGAGAACAAUUUAUAAAGAUAAUGUUACUUUUCAUGAAAAGUCGCGACAAAUGGUAAAGUCAUAUGAAAUGAUGAAAGAGAGUUUAACAGUAGCACAAUAGAGACGAGCCACCAAAAGCCAUAUUGGUCGUACUAGACCAGGAGCAGCAAUGGAACACCACAGUGUAUUGAUUAAAGGUUACGUUUUAUUCAUCAUAUUUUCAACUUUAAACAUUUUCUUUCGAAAGCUGCAUCCUUUCCCUUUAAAUUAUAUUUGGUUUGCAUUAUUUGAUUGUAAAAAUGAGGUUAAGGUUAACACAAUUGAAUACAUUUUGUGUAUUUAAACCCAACAAUUAGCACUUAACCACUACACCUGUGGUAUGGUUUUAAUUGUAGUUUAUACAGUUACUGUUAUUUAAUUCACUUAAUAACAAUUCCUGGUUAAAUAAAUUGUGUGUAGUCACAGAAUAUUGAGUUAUUUUUACAUUUUGACUUAAAAACAACAUGAUCUCUGGAGAAGUUUGACUUUUCCCUGGAAGCUAUGCAAUCUGCCUGUAGUCUCUCAAAUACAUCUCUAAUCCAAAGAAUACUUAACAAUACACAGCAAUACAAAUAUAUAAAUACUUUAAGGUUUUUGUAUUUUCAUAUUUAUUCUUGUAGCAUGUGCUCUGUGUCUUCAUGUUAAUCUUACAGCCUCUUUUACAUGGUUACCUACAUAAUGUGGUUUACCUACUCAUUUGUUUGUACUCUUGUAGUAAAACUUAAUGGGCUUACACACUUAGUUUCAAGUUUUUAUAUGUAUUUAUGAGUCUUAAUCCUUGUAACUGAAGCCAUACUGAUACGUUUACGGAGGGGGUUAUUGUAAGUCUACAACUCGUCAUUCUGCUUUGUGACCUAUUUUGUGUAUUUGUCAAUAAAUAAGCUUCAUCUCUUA